AGUUGAAAUAAAGAAAAACAAAAUGGAACUGAAUUCUUCUCGGUGAUUCUUUGUUCGAUGUUCCAAAAUCUUAUUUCUUUAAUCAUAAAGAAAUACUUUCAUAGAGAAAAGGGGGAGAAAAAUGAAUGUAUUCCGGAAUGAAAUAUGGUAUAUCAAUGAAAACUUUAUAUGCAAGCCAUUGCAAAUUUGUUGAAUAUUGAAGACUUGAAGGUAUUCAUUUUGGUGAAGUUUAAACAUGCCUCUAGCACUGACAAGUGACAGAUCAAGCAGGAAAAAAUAUCGAAAGACAGACCAUAAACAAUCCUCACAUUAUUUUGAAAUUGCAUCAACAAGAAAACUGAAAAAUUCUUUUUUAAUUGAGAAUGAACAGGAAAGAAGAGAAGCUGUGAAGAAAUUUUCAAGAAAGGACUGCAUACUUUCCUCAGUAAACACUGGUGGAGAAAUGAAGAAGACAUUACCUUUAGUUGAUGAUGUUGGAGAAAUAAAGAAGACUGUACCUUUAGUUAAUGAUGAUGGAGAAAUAAAGAAGACUGUACCUUUCCUUAAUGAUGUUGGAGAAAUAAAGAAGACUGUACCUUUCAUUAAUGAUGUUGGAGAAAUAAAGAAGACUGUACCUUUCAUUAAUGAUGAUGGAGAAAUAAAGAAGACUGUACCUUUCAUUAAUGAUGAUGGAGAAAUAAAGAAGACUGUACCUUUCCUUAAUGAUGAUGGAGAAAUAAAGAAGACAUUACCCUUCGGUAAUGAUGUUGGAGAAAUAAAGAAGACUGUACCUUUCAUUAAUGAUGAUGGAGAAAUAAAGAAGACAUUACCUUUCAUUAAUGAUGAUGGAGAAACAAAAGAAACCAUGUUUAGUGAUGAAGUACAGUUUAACUGUGAUAGCAAGGAGACGGAAGUCCAAACUAGUCCAUACUUUCGAGAAAAAUCUUCAACACCAUUGAGGGAAAAAAUGUGUUCUAACAUAUCGUUAUUGUCAACAAGACAACUUGAGAAACCUACCAAAAGAAAUGAUGUAAAGGAAAGAUCCGUUCAAAAUAUGGCUUUGAUUGAUAAUGAUGGAUGCUGUCAUCGUGAUAAAAUUUUGAGAGUUAUUCCCCCUGGACUUCAGAAAUUUUUUACUUUGAAAUUCAAACCACCAGAGUCACCAUUUCAUUUAAUACAAGAACAUCUUUAUAAAGAUCCAUGGCAAUUACUUGUUGCGACCAUAUUUCUCAACAAAACCAAUGGUAUUAAUGCCUUGCCUGUGUUGUGGAAAUUCUUUGAAUGUUUUCCAAAUGCUGAAGUAACUGCAUGUGCAAAUCUAUCCGAUAUUACAGAUAUAAUUCGUUCGCUUGGCUUACAAAGAAAACGUGCCUAUAUCUUGAAACGUUUCUCAAAGGAAUAUCUGAACAAGAUGUGGCAGUAUCCCAUUGAGUUAUAUGGCAUAGGAAAAUAUGGCAAUGAUUCAUUUCGUAUUUUUUGUCUUGGUGAAUAUGAAGAUGUUUUUCCUGAUGAUUAUAAAUUGAAUCUAUAUUAUAAUUGGCACUGCCAUUAUUCUUCUUGUUAAAGAAACCUUUGUCAAAGGUACUUUACCUCAGGUUUACAAUGUACUACAUACUUUUAAAAUUCAUACUUGUGUUUGACAAUUGUGCUGUUACAGCCUAACAUUAGGACCUCAAGGAAAGGGGGAGAAAUUGGACGAAAAUAUUUAAAUUCUUUGAAAUUUUUGUUAUAAUCUUGUUGAAAGUACACAAAAAUUAAAACUGCCAAAGAGUAUUUUCGUAAAACACAAGACAAUAGGCACUCUGUGUAUAUGGCAAACAUUUAAUCUAAACGUUUAGACAAGUGUUACAUGUCAUUUUUCUACUAAUGAUGACAUGUAACACUUGUUGAAACGUUUGGAUUAAAUAAUGUUUACUAUGUACGGAGUGCCUAUGGUCUUGUGUUUUACGAAAGUACACAAAUCAUUCAAGGUCAUGUCUAUCAGUAGUCAUCAAAAAUUUCAACGCUUGACUCGUGUGAAUCAUGCCUUCUUGCAUGUCUCAUGAAUUUCUUUGCAAUUACAAUACUGUAUCACAGCGACUGUAUUAUGAAAGAAAUUGCUUCCUGAGUAAA